CGAGGGUUAUGUCGUCUAUAGUUGUUGUGAGUGCCAGCUGAGAGAGAGAGAGAGGAGGAGCCUCUUAAUAAUAUAAAGAAAAGAAAGAAGAAAGAAGAAAGAAGAGAGAAAAUAGAUCCAGGGGAUAUAGACUAGACAAUAGUUCUAAAACCCUAUAAAAGAAGAAAGAAGAAAGAAGAAGAAGAGGAGGAAGGGCCUCGAAGACGAACUAUGCCAGUGCCAAAGUGACGCCUUGAAAAAAGAAUUACUUGGUUUAGACAUGAAGAAAUGACCAAUAGAAGCUUGCUGGUUCUUCUCUAUUUUGUUCAAGGUCUUUUUGGUGUUUUGAACCAAGAACUACCGGAGGAAAAUGUUUUCUACGUGGAUGAACAUACCAACGCAACUUUUGAUUGCACUGGACAUAAUGAUAUGAUGAAGGCGGUUGAGUGGAUCUACAGGGAGUACAAGAAAAAUAUUAUAGUGCUGGAAAACGGUUCCUUGUUCUUCACCAAUAUUGUGAGAGAGAAUAGUGGACUGUAUGACUGUAUUUUAGAAGAAGAUGGAACCUCACUACAUAAGAUUAAAAUAGUUGUUGUAGGGGUUCCUCAGCCUCCCCAGAAUGUUUCUGUCCACGCCACUCAAGUGAUAGCAAUAGUAAAAUGGCACGUUCACCUGGACGAAGACUGGGAGAACUCACCUCAGGGUCCCAAAACCACGGUCCAUCUCCACUAUCGCCCAGUGUCCUCCCAGCACUGGUUGCAAGUUCCUCAUCACCUUAUGCCGCAGGGUCAAACUACUAUCUACAGAUUGAUACCCAACACCACAUAUGCGAUUGAGCUUUGGUCCAGCAAUAGAUAUGGCAAAAGUGAUAUUGUCCCAUUCUAUUUCGCCACAAUGCCAGACGUGGAUGAAACUGAACAGGAGAGCAUGUUGUUGCUGGAUGUGGAGGAGUUCAGCCCGGUGGUUUGGAUCAUAGCCGUUCUGGUGAUAGUGAUCGUGAUCCAUGUUCUCGUAGGCUUCCUGCUCUUUGCCUACUGGCGUCAGCGGCGUAUCGGAAAGUCAGAUGGGGAUGACUGUGAAGUAAUCGAGCUGGUGCCACAUAUCAUAGAGAACCCAGCCUACCAGUUCUCGCGGCACUUUGAUCCCAUGCAAGAAAGUUUCCUCUCGCCCUCUGUGAGCUCCCAUAGUGCUGUAGCACUGGUGUAGGGAAGAGUAUCUCUGAAGAACUACUGUAUGUAAAUCUUUUCCAGGUUUUCAUCAGUAGAAAUAAGGUGAAGAUUUUGUCAUGUAGAUGUGUUUCCUGAUUCAGGGAGAAAGUUAUGGAAGUUCUUUUGCACAGCUGUCCCCGUGAUAGGGCUUCCAAACAAUGCAGUUUUGAAUCUAAAGCAUUGCACUCAGCAGCCAAAAACACAAAUAACCUGUAAAUGAUACACUAAGAGACAAAGGUUUGUGUGUUUCAUAAAGGAUUCAUAAAAGCAUUUCAUCUGUGUGAUGUAUAAUGUAAUUUAUGCAGUUAUUAGAUGCCAAAUUACUAAAGUAGAGAAUGCUAAAUCACAAAGCUUGUAUCCCAUUUAAGAUAUGCCCCAUUGUAGAGCAUAAACACAAUUUUGGAAUAUUUGUGAAUGCUGCUAGUGUAUGUAAACGUAAGAUUUAUGCUUGUUUGGUCAUGGGAGUAGUUACAUGAGAAAAAAGUAUGACUUAAUUUAUAUUACAGUAUGAGUUUUAUAUGGUAAAAUUUUGUAUAUUUUCAUAAGGAUCAUGUAGUGUUAAGUUCCCAUCAUGUCAGCUGGAAUCUCAAAUCACCAGAGCUGUGUUUUUCCCAGGUCAUUGGAGCUGUGUCAGUCCAGGUCACUAGAACUGCUUCAGCCUGGGUCACAAGCUGUGUCAGUUUAGAUUACUAGAGCUCCAUUAUCCCAUGUCACAGGAGCUACCUAGUCCAAAUGCACAGUUGUUUUCUGACCUAGGUCACUGCAGUUCGGUAUCUUAGAAUGGUAGGUUACUUGCAAUGCCUAGUGUCUCUACACUAGCUUACUCCCAGUUCUCAUGCACAUG